AUGGCGCAACAAAAUGAACCUCUCACGUCCUGGCUGGACAUCGACCCAGCCAGCGACUUCUCCCUCGCCAACCUCCCCUUCGGCGUCAUCAGCACGUCGGCCUCCCCCAACCCCCACGUCGGCGUCGCUGUGGGAAGCUACGUGCUGGACAUGAAAGAGCUCGCCUGCCAUCCCGAGUUCUACCGCGUCUUCGACUUCAUCGCCGAGCACGGCGACGUCUUCUCCAAGCCGACGCUCAACGCUUUCGCGGCGCUGGGCCGUCCCAUCCACAAGCAGACGAGGAGCCGGCUGCAGGAUGUCUUGUCCGCCGGGAACUCGACGUACGAGUCCUUCCUGCGCAAGGACGAUUACUGGAUCUCUAGGAUCGUCGUCCCCGCUAAAUCCGUCAAGCUCCACCUCCCUGUGGAGAUCGGAGACUACACCGACUUCUACGCGGGUUACCAUCACGCGUUUCACGUAGGCUGCAUGUUUAGAGGGCCAGAUAAUGCCCUGCAGCCGAACUACACGCAUCUGCCCGUGGGCUACCACGGACGCGCCUCCAGCGUCGUCGUCUCGGGGACCACUGUGCGCAGGCCCCGGGGACAAAUCCUCCCGCAGCCGCCGGUCGAGGGCCAGCCGAAGCAGCCCAUCACGGCGCCUUGUCGAAGGCUCGAUUUCGAGCUCGAGUUCGGCUGCAUCAUCGCGACGCCCAACGCCCUUGGCGACGGGGUCUCGGUGGGCGAUGCCGAGGAUCAUAUCUUCGGCUACGUUCUGCUGAACGAUUGGAGCGCGAGGGACAUCCAGACGUGGGAGUAUAUACCGCUUGGUCCGUUUAAUAGCAAGAACUUUGCCACAUCGAUUAGUCCGUGGGUUAUCCUUGCGGAUGCUUUGGAGCCGUUCCGGACGGAGGCUUUGGAGAACAAGACGGAGGUGCAGGAGUAUUUGAAGGGUGAAGAUAAGGCGGUUUUUGAUAUCAACCUUGAGGUUGAGCUGAAGACGUCCGACGGAAAUUCAUCCACAAUUACAAGGGUGAAUGCCAAGAACCUCCUCUGGUCCUUCCCACAAAUGAUCGCCCAUCACACCAUCGGAGGAUGUCCCAUGCGAACGGGCGAUCUCCUGGGAUCCGGCACGAUCAGCGGGCCUGGUGAGAGCGAGAGAGGCAGUCUGCUGGAAAUGUCUAACGGAGGCAAGAAGGAUGUGGCCGUGGGCUCUGGCGCCGUUCGUAGGUUCUUGGAGGAUGGCGAUACGGUGGUGAUUAGAGGGUUUGCUGGGACUGGCAGCGGGCGCGUCGGGUUUGGUGAAUGUGCUGGCACGAUUGCGGCUGCCAAGUAG